AUGGAUGAGGAGUUGGCAGAGGUGGGCUUUGCUCCUGAUUCUUCUGAAGAGGAGAUCACCUUGGACCUCUCUCUUGCACUCUGUUGGCCUCAGUCUCCUGGCCUGGAAAGGAGGAGGGAGCGGCAGGAUGCAGGUGUGUGCAGAGGGAAAAUGAUUUAUGGUGAAUUUUUCUAUAGCUCAGCUUUUCAGCUGUAUAUACCUACCAUCUACCAAAACAGGAAAAUACUUGAAUUUGAGAGGCAACAGCGUGAAGAACUAGAAAAAUUAGAAAGUAAAAGGAAACUCAUAGAAGAAAUGGAGGAAAAGCAGAAGUCAGACAAGGCAGAACUGGAGAGGAUGCAGCAGGAGGUGGAGACGCAGCGCAAGGAGACAGAAAUCGUGCAGCUGCAGAUCCGCAAGCAGGAGGAGAGCCUCAAGCGCCGCAGUUUCCACAUCGAGAACAAGCUGAAGGAUUUGCUCGCCGAGAAGGAAAAGUUUGAAGAGGAAAGACUGAGGGAGCAGCAGGAAAUCGAGCUGCAGAAGAAGAAGCAGGAAGAAGAGAGCUUCGUCCGGGUCAAAGAAGAGCUGCAGCGGCUGCAGGCACUCAACAACACCGAGCAGGCCGAGAAGAUGCAGAUAUUUCAAGAGCUGGGCCGGCUGCAGCGCGAGAAGGACGAACAGUGUGCCAAGCUUGAAUUGGAAAAGAAGAGGCUGGAGGAGCAGGAAAAGGAGCAGGUCCUGCUCGUGGCCCACCUGGAAGAGCAGCUCCGAGAGAAGCAGGAGAUGAUCCAGCUGCUGCGUUGCGGCGAAGUGCAGCGGGCGGAGGAGGAGAAGCGAGACCUGGAGGGCAUCCGGGCGGCCCUCCUGCGCGUCAAGGAGGCCCGGGCUGGGGGCGACGAGGAUGGCGAGGAGCUGGAGAAGGCUCAGCUGAAGUUCCUGGAGUUCAAAAGAAGGCAGCUGGUCAAGCUCGGGGACUUGGAGAAGGACCUGGUUCUGCAGAAAGACCUCCUGGGAAAAGAAGCCGAAGAAGACCAGGAAAUUCUAGAGCGUUUGAAACGUGAAAACGACGAAGAAUCUAGGUUGUUGGGAAGAAAUGAUGGUAAUGUUGCAGAUGUCACCCCACUGGCUCAAGAUUUAGAGAAAAUAAAGUCCGUGGAGUACCGGCUGCAGUAUAAAGAGCGCCAGAUACAGUACCUCCUGCAGAAUCAUUUGCCAGCUCUGGUGGAAGAAAAGCAGAGAGCAUCUGAGAUCCUUGACAGAGGCCCCCUCGGCUUAGACAACACUCUUUAUCAAGUAGAAAAAGAAAUGGAAGAAAAAGAAGAGCAGCUUGCCCAGUACCGAGCCAGCGCGAGCCAGCUGCAGAAGCUCCAGGCCACCUUCGAAUUCACCGCCAACGUCGCGCGGCAGGAGGAGAAAGUGAGGAGGAAGGAGAAGGAGAUUCUGGAGUCGCAGGAGAAGCAGCAGAGGGAGGCGCUGCAGCGGGCCGUGGCCCUGCUGGACAGGAGGCAUUCCGCCCUGCAGCGGAGCUCCACCCUGGGCCUGGAGAUCGAAGAGCAGAGGCAGAAGCUCGCCACCCUGCACGGCAGCAGCAGCGAGCAGCUGGGGCUCCGGGCCAGCCUGGAAGCCGAGCAGGAAGCCUUGGAGAAGGACCGUGAGAGGAUCAAUGCUUACAUUGAAGAAGAAGUCCAAAGACGUCUUCAAGACUUGCAUCGUGUGAUUAGUGAUAACAGCAGUACAUCUGCAGCUGUGCUGAAGGAUAAUGAGAAACUUCACAAUGGCACCAUUCAGCGUAAGCUGAAAUAUGAGCGGAUGGUUUCUCGCUCUUUGGGAGCAAAUCCAGAUGACCUGAAGGACCCAAUUAAAAUUAGUAUUCCACGCUAUGUCCUCUGCGGGCAAGGAAAGGACGAGCACUUUGAGUUUGAGGUCAAGAUUACUGUCCUAGAUGAGACAUGGACUGUAUUCAGGCGCUACAGUCGUUUUCGAGAAAUGCAUAAAACACUGAAGUUAAAGUAUGCCGAGCUUGCUGCCCUUGAAUUCCCCCCCAAAAAACUAUUUGGAAACAAGGAUGAACGAGUGAUUGCUGAGAGGCGGAAUCACUUAGAGAAAUACCUCAGGGACUUUUUCAGCGUGAUGCUCCAAUCUGCGACAUCUCCCCUACACAUCAGCAAAGUGGGGCAGACUCUCUCGAAACACACCAUUUGUGAGUUCUCGCCGUUCUUCAAGAAGGGAGUGUUUGACUACAGCAGCCACGGGACCGGUUAGAGCUGGAGGGACGGAGGAUCCACCAACUCAGUGCCUUCUCGUCGAAGCGGGCUCCAGUGCAGGGCGGCCUCCCCCGUAAGGAUCCAGGCCUGCCUGCUUCUGCCCAGGGCAGGCGUGCAGUGGCCGGCUGGGACCGCUCACGUUUCCAGGCCGGGUGCCUGAGUCUGACAAUGCCCUGCUUUGCCUGCUGAUGGCGACCUUGAUGGGCAGCUGCUACUGUUCCACUGCGGUUGAAUGUGGCCUUUUCCAUCAGUGCUUCCUUCUCAUUGCUCAGCCGAGUGCUCACCUGUGGCAAGAUGGACAUGGCUUGAUUAUCUUGGGCUCCCCGAGCCAAGCCAACCUGGGACCUCCAAAGUGGGUGACUUACCAGACCACCCUUAAAUGACUUUGAUCUGGUUUCCUCUUUCACCAAAAUAUACUCUUAUUUUUUAUAUUCCUUCCAGGUGGCUGGCUGUAUCCCAAGAAAAGGAUUUUAAAUUAUUUCAUUGCAUUUUUUUUUCUUUUUUCCCUCAUUUGAAUCAGAACUUUUACAUAGCACUUAGACACUGAUGUUUACACAGAAUUUCAUAUUCUGCAAAAGGGAAUUGUUUGACUAGAGUCUUCCAUGCUUGACAAAUUGGAUGUAGGCAGCAUCAUUUAAAACUUCUAUAAAUUCCUACAGAUAGUAAGUUUGUUUAACUUUGAAUGUUUGAGAAUAUUUUUCCAAAUCUAAAUGGCUACUGUGCAUUCUCAAGCUUUUUCUGCUAAGCACAAAAUAAGUGCAAAGCUGAAUGCAUAUUUUUAAACAUUACUUUGUUCACAUUUUUGUUACAGAAUCUACUGGAAAUUUAGGUGACAAAUUAGAAUUUACAGUAGUAGCUUAUUAAAGAUUCAUUAAAUUACUCAGGACUUAAUGUAACAUUGCACAUCUAUGUACAAUAAAACUGCUUUGUUUUACUAAAGAGAAAAAUGUAAGUAGAAAAAAAAUACGUGGUAUAUAUCGAAGUGUAUAUAAUUCUACCUAUAGAUUUAUAUAUGUACACAGUUCUGCACAAUAAUUGUAUCAAAAUAUAUCAUCAUUCAUGCCAAAUUUA